AUGGGUAAGAAAGGAAAAGGCACCGGGUCUUUCGGUAAACGAAAGAACAAAUCCCACACUUUGUGCAGAAGAUGUGGGCGCAGAUCGUAUCACAUCCAAAAGUCGACGUGCUCGUCGUGCGGCUACCCAGCCGCGAAGACUCGUGGGUACAACUGGUCGGUGAAGGCUAAGGGAAGAUCCACCACUGGUACUGGGAGAAUGCGAUACAUUAAAUCCUUGCCGAGACGAUUCAAGAAUGGAUUCAGAGAAGGUACUGAAGCGACGAAGAAAGCGUCUGCUUAA